AUGGACAAGCCCGUGAAGCAGCUGACUGCUGCCUCCCUCUCGCUGAAGGCCAUCAGCUGCCGCCUCGGCUCGGGCGGGCAUGUGCAGCGCGUCGGCUCGUUACUACCCUGCGGGAGGAUGACGCCGACACAACCGAGCAUGUCGUCGUCUACGCGCCCUGCGCCUGCGGUGAACAGAGUUAGCCCUGGCAGAAGCAAGCAACACGAUAAGGGAGCAUCGGAGACUACGAUAAGGCAGCAGCUCCAGCAAGUCGAUGUGCUUGAGAACAUGGGGAUUUCUCGGCAUUUUGCUGUUGAAAUCAAGCGUGUCCUUGACAGGACAUACAGAUGUUGGUUACAGCGGGAUGAGGAAAUUAUGCUGGACACAGCGACAUGUGCAAUGGCAUUUCGUAUUCUAAGGAUGAACGGAUACGAUGUCUCUUCUGAUGAGCUGUAUCAUGUUGCUGAAGCAUCCGUGUUCCAAAAUUCACUUGGAGGAUAUUUGAAUGAUACAAGAACCUUGUUAGAAUUACACAAGGCUUCUACAGUUGGUAUCUCACAAGAUGAAUCUAUCCUGGACACCAUAGGCUCAUGGUCAGGUACCUUACUGAGGGAACAGCUGGGGUCUGGUGGUGCACUAAGGAGAACUCCACUCAUUAGAGAGGUGGAACAUGCUCUAGACUGUCCCUUCUACACCACACUGGACCGUCUAGACCACAGGUGGACCAUCGAAAAUUUCAAUGUUACAGGCCACCACAUGCUAGAGACACCAUACUUGUCCAGUCGAUAUACUAGCAGAGAGAUUCUAGCGUUGGGUAUCAGAGACUUCAGUUCCUCUCAGUUUACUUACCAGCAAGAACUUCAGCAACUUGAAAGCUGGGUGAAAGAGUGCAGGCUGGACCAGCUACCAUUUGCACGGCAGAAAUUGGCAUACUUCUACUUGUCUGCUGCUGGAACCAUGUUCCCUCCUGAACUGUCUGAUGCUCGCAUUUUGUGGGCCAAAAAUGGUGUGCUCACAACCGUUGUCGAUGACUUCUUUGAUGUUGGAGGAUCAAAAGAAGAACUUGAAAACCUUGUCACGUUGGUUGAGAUGUGGGACGAACAUCACAAAAUUGAGUUCUACUCGGAACAAGUAGAGAUUGUAUUUUCUUCAAUUUACAACUCAGUUAACCAGCUUGGAGCAAAGGCUUCUUUGCUACAAGACCGCAAUGUUACCAAACACCUAAUACAAAUAUGGUUGGGUUUGCUAAAGUCUAUGAUGACAGAGGUAGAGUGGCGGAUGAGAAAAUAUGUUCCAACAGAGGAGGAAUACAUGAAAAAUGCAUCUUUGACAUUCGCAUUAGGCCCCAUUGUACUGCCAGCAUUGUAUUUUGUUGGACCAAAGAUCCCGGAGUCUGUCGUUAAAGAUCCAGAAUACAACGAGUUGUUCAGGCUAAUGAGCACAUGUGGCCGGCUCCUGAAUGAUGUUCAGACAUUCGAGAGGGAGUACGGCGAGGGCAAGCUGAACAGUGUUUCUCUCCUCGUUCUUCAUGGUGGCUGCACAUCCAUAUCAGAGGCUAGAAGGGAGUUACAGAAGCCCAUAGACACAUGCAGGAGAGACCUCCUAAGAGUAGUUCUUCGUGAAGAAGGUGCUGUUCCUAGGCCCUGCAAGGAGUUGUUCUGGAAAAUGUGCAAGGUGUGCUACUUCUUCUACUCAGGAACUGAUGGGUUUAGCUCACCAGUGGAGAAGGCUAGGGAAGUGGAUGCAGUGAUCAAUGAGCCACUAAAGCUCCAAGGAAUCCAUGCAUCGCUGCCUGUUGUGUGA